AUGUCUAACACCAAAACUCACAUCCUUGUUUUCCCAUACCCAGCACAAGGCCACAUGCUUCCACUCCUGGAUCUCACCCACCAAUUAUCUCUUCAAAACACAUUCACCAUAACCAUCAUCAUCACUCCCAAUAAUUUAUCAAUUCUAAACCCACUCUUAUCAACUCAUCCAAACACCAUCCAAACGCUCAUUCUCCCUUUCCCUUCACACCCCAAUAUACCUCCCGGUGCAGAAAACAUCCGUCAUGUCGGCAACACCGGAAACUAUCCUUUCAUCAACGCUCUUUCCAAUCUCCAAACCCCAAUUAUCCUAUGGUUUAACGCUCAUCCUAACCCCCCUGUUGCUCUCAUCUCCGAUUUCUUUCUUGGCUGGACUCAACAACUCGCCACCAGACUCAGUAUUCCAAGAGUCGUUUUUUAUUCCAGUAGCGCGUUCUUGGUUGCUGUUAUCAACUUCUGUUGGAGUAACCUACUGCUCUUACAGUCCAAGGAGGUCGUUGAAUUCCCCGAAUUACCUGGAAAACCGUCUUUUAAGUAUGAACACCUUCCUAGCAUAGUCCUCAGGUACAGAGAAUCGGACCUGGAGUCUGAGUUCGUAAGGGAGAGUUUCAUUUCCAAUGCUGCAAGCUGGGGAUCAGUUAUAAGCACAUGCAAAGCUUUGGAUGGUCGUUAUUUGGAUUAUAUUCGGAGACAGUUCGGUAACAGUGGAGUUUACGCUGUUAGCCCAUUGGGUUCUAUUCGGGGUGAUGGUUCUGACGUGUUAGGGUGGCUUGAUCAGUUGGAGGAGGAAGGUUCGGUUUUGUACGUUUGUUUUGGGAGUCAGAAGAUAAUGAAAAGGGAACAAAUGGAGGCGUUGGCGUUCGGGUUGGAGAGAUCCGGGACUAAAUUUGUUUGGGUUGUAAAGGCGCCGUCGACGGUGGAGCAAAUAGCGGACGGCUAUGGGUUGGUGCCGGAAGGGUUUGAGGAAAGAGUUUCGGGUAGGGGGAUUGUGGUGAGGGGUUGGGCUCCGCAGAUGGCGAUAUUGGGUCAUCGGGUUGUGGGAGGGUUCUUGAGUCAUUGUGGGUGGAAUUCGGUGUUGGAAGCGGUGGCUACGGGGGUUGGGAUUCUUGGGUGGCCGAUGGAGGCUGAUCAGUUUGUGAAUGCAAAGCUGUUAGUGGAGGAUAAGGGAGUGGCAGUGAGAGUUUGUGAGGGGGCAGAUUCGGUACCCAACCCGGACGAGUUGGGUCGGGUGAUAUCCGAGGUUAUGAGUGGGGAUAGUAGCCAAAAGAGAAGAGCUAAGUUGAUGAAAGAGGAAGCACUUGGUGUUUCAUCUAAUGAGUUGAAUGAAUUUGUCAAAGCCUUGAAGAAGCUUGGUGUUAAAGAAGGAGCAUAA